AUGUCUACUUGCACGGUCUCAUUCGCGCCUUCCGUUGGCCACCCACUCUCCCCGCGCGCUGCCCUCCCAGCGGUGGCGCAUCGCAGCAUGCGCCUGCCAUGCCAGCCAGGCCACAGCCGCUCAACACGGCGUGCUGCCCUCUGCCACACGACCAUAUCGGAGCAGACGACGAACCAGGCGGUGGAGGUGAAGGCGCUGGUGGCGGCGCUGGAGAACCACACCUACUCCGUGGCGGCGGCCGUCACGGACCACGUCGCCGUGCAGACUGUGCACGUGCAGACUGUGCAGCUGCGCCAGCUGGCGGCGGAGCUGCGCAACCACUCGCACUUCGUGAGGGAGCACGUGGGGCAGCACGUGGACGUGCAGCAGGCGCAGCUGGCGGAGGUGGUGGCGGAGCUGAGGGCGCGCAUGGGCGAGGUGGCGUCCGCCGUCAUGGCGCCCCCCGCCCCCCCUCUGCCUGACAGCGCCAUCACCACCUCCAACCUCACUCUGCUCGUUGCCGCCGGCCUGCGGUCCCAGGUGGGUGGGUGCCAUCCCAGGUGGGUGGGUGCCAUCCCAGGUGGGUGGGUGCCAUCCCAGGUGGGUGGGUGCCAUCCCAGGUGGGUGGGUGCCAUCCCAGGUGGGUGGGUGCCAUCCCAGGUGGGUGGGUGCCAUCCCAGGUGGGUGGGUGCCAUCCCAGGUGGGUGGGUGCCAUCCCAGGUGGGUGGGUGCCAUCCCAGGUGGGUGGGUGCCAUCCCAGGUGGGUGGGUGCCAUCCCAGGUGGGUGGGUGCCAUCCCAGGUGGGUGGGUGCCAUCCCAGGUGUGUGGGUGCCAUCCCAGGUGGGUGGGUGCCAUCCCAGGUGUGUGAGUGCCAUCCCAGGUGGGUGGGUGCCAUCCCAGGUGGGUGGGUGCCAUCCCAGGUGGGUGGGUGCCAUCCCAGGUGGGUGGGUGCCAUCCCAGGUGGGUGGGUGCCAUCCCAGGUGGGUGGGUGCCAUCCCAGGUGGGUGGGUGCCAUCCCAGGUGGGUGGGUGCCAUCCCAGGUGGGUGGGUGCCAUCCCAGGUGGGUGGGUGCCAUCCCAGGUGGGUGGGUGCCAUCCCAGGUGGGUGGGUGCCAUCCCAGGUGGGUGGGUGCCAUCCCAGGUGUGUGGGUGCCAUCCCAGGUGGGUGGGUGCCAUCCCAGGUGGGUGGGUGCCAUCCCAGGUGUGUGAGUGCCAUCCCAGGUGGGUGGGUGCCAUCCCAGGUGGGUGGGUGCCAUCCCAGGUGGGUGGGUGCCAUCCCAGGUGUGUGAGUGCCAUCCCAGGUGGGUGGGUGCCAUCCCAGGUGUGUGGGUGCCAUCCCAGGUGGGUGGGUGCCAUCCCAGGUGGGUGGGUGCCAUCCCAGGUGGGUGGGUGCCAUCCCAGGUGGGUGGGUGCCAUCCCAGGUGGGUGGGUGCCAUCCCAGGUGGGUGGGUGCCAUCCCAGGUGUGUGAGUGCCAUCCCAGGUGGGUGGGUGCCAUCCCAGGUGGGUGGGUGCCAUCCCAGGUGGGUGGGUGCCAUCCCAGGUGGGUGGGUGCCAUCCCAGGUGGGUGGGUGCCAUCCCAGGUGGGUGGGUGCCAUCCCAGGUGGGUGGGUGCCAUCCCAGGUGGGAUGGUCUGUGUGUCCGGUUUGGUACUUUGGUGAUGUGCAAUCUCACCUAGACAUGCGUGAUCAUGAGAGGCGCACGGAGCAGGCGGUGGGCAAGCUCGUCACGCAAGUGGGCCGCCUCGCCGCCACACAUGACGAGGAGGGGGGGUUGGGCACGGAGACGCUGAGGGAGGUGGUGUCGGCCGUCAAGAAGCACAUGCACCUCUCGCGCUCGCUGCAGGAGGAGAAGAUACUGGCCGUGCUCAAGGCGCUGGUGGCGCAUCUGCGCGCCAAGGAGAAGGCGGGGCUCACGGACGCCGUGCUGCAGGGGCAGGUGCGCUUCACGGGGGGGAGGGACGUGGUGGGGGUGGGGGAAGAGGAGGUGGGGGCAGGUGUGGGAGGGCAGGUUGCGAGCGAUAGGGGAGUGGAUAGGGGAGUGGAUAGGGGAGUGGAUAGGGGAGUGGAUAGGGGAGUGGAAUCUGUUGUGGUUGAUAGCGACGCCCCUUGUGCCCACACUCAAUUGCAUCAACAACCCACUCACUUUCUUGCACUUGCCACUCACCGUGCGGCCUUGUGCGGGGCGAGAGGGGAGCAGAGGCGCAUGGAGGGGGUGGUGGGGGCGCUGGUGGGCGAGGUGCGCAACAAGACGGCGUUCCUCAGCCUGCUGCGUGCCGUGCGCGCCCAGACCGCCAUCGUCGCCAAGCUCGGCACGCGCAUCGCCAGCCUCGAGACGCGCGUGCUGCCGCCCUCCGCACUGCCCGCCGCCGCCCUCGCCACCGCCCUUGCCGCCUCUGCCGGUGGCGCGGGUGGUGCAGGAGGAGUGGGGGGGGCGGAGGCGUCGGUGCUGGUGGCGGCGGUGACGGAGACGCAGACGGGCAUGGCGGUGGUGGUGCGCGAGGUGCAGCGGCAGAGCGAGGCGGUGGCGGAGCUGCAGGGCAUGCUGGAUGCGAGCCGGGGCACGGACAUGCUGCAGCUGGCGCACAAGACGCACGAGGCGCUGCACGACCUCGUGCUCGCCGUGCGGCAGCAGGGCAAGCUGCUCGUCUCCCUGGACGCCCGCCUCGCCCACAUUGAGGGCCACGUGGGGGGCGAGGGGCGCGGUGGCGCGGGGCCGGCGGAUGGCGACGUGGCGCGGCUGGAGAGGGCGGUGGCCGCCGAGGCGGAGGGCGGAGCGGACGUGCUGCAGGCGGCUGAGGAGGUGAUCGGCGGCAUGGCGGGCGCGCAGGCGCAGGGCGGGGAGCAACCGCAGGAGGGGCAGGGCGAGCAACAGGGGGGGCAGGGGGAGCAGCAGGAGGGGCAGAGGGAGCAGCAGGAGGGGCAGGGGGAGCAGCAGGAGGGGCAGGGGGAGCAGCAGGAGGGGCAGGGGGAGCAGCAGGAGGGGCAGGGGGAGCAGCAGGAGGGGCAGGGGGAGCAGCAGGAGGGGCAGGGGGAGCAGCAGGAGGGGCAGGGGGGGCAGCAGGAGCAGCAAGAGCAGGGGCAGCAUGAAGGGCAGCAAUCGAAUAAUGGAGAUUUGGCAGGUGAGGUUGUGCUGGUUGGUGCUCCUCACACCAGUUAG